GCGUGCGUGUGCAAUUUUGUACGGCUUGCUAAUCUAAAUAAUGACAGCACCCGAUCGGCAUGCGAUUGGCUCCCUCCAUACCAUCUCCAGUUCUUCUGACGCUAGCUCCCUCGCGGUCUGGAGAACGGGAAAAGGGAGUCCCCACACCUGCGGCACCUGCUGCUGUAUGCUUCUCGGAGCUAUGAGCGCCGCAUGCGAUGGUGGACCGCAUUGCCAGCUUAGCCUACGUAUUUAGAUGCCGUGUGCUCGCUCAUCCUCUUUGAUCCCUCUGCUGCACCCGGGUCCCAUUGUUUGAAGGGCAUUUUUCAUUGUUUGUUUGUCCUUGCAUCCUCUCCCACCGCACACCAAAUCGCAAGACCUCAUCAUGUCGACAGCUCAAGAGCAGAACGAUAUCCGGGGAGGAGAGGCAGAGAAGCAAUUCACCAAUGGCAACUACACCAAUGGUGCGAACGGUGUGAAUGGCGUGAACGGCCACGACCAUGCCAAGCAGAGAAAGCCAUACGACUAUGGCGGCAACCCGCUCUACCACGCGCACACCAACAGCGAUCAGUCAGCGCGUCUCGCCGCCUUCGGUGGUGAGCUGCAGCCAGGUCUCUACAAGAUCGAUCCCAACCGCAAGUUCGCCAACCCAGCUCCACUGGGUCUCUGCGGUUUCGCCCUUACCACAUUCUUGCUCUCGGCCAUCAACCUCGGAACCCGAGGCUUGAGCGAGCCAAACUUGGUCAUCGGUGCUGCCUUCGCAUACGGUGGUCUCGUGCAGCUUCUGGCUGGUAUGUGGGAAAUGGCAGUCGGCAACACAUUCGGUGCUACUGCACUCUCAUCUUACGGAGGUUUCUGGAUUGGCACUGCAAUCAUCCUCACUCCAGGCGGUUUCGAAAUCAUGGAAAGACUCGAAGCCGAGAGCGUUGACCCAUUCAUGAACUCAUUCGGAUUAUACCUCAUGGGCUGGUUCAUCUUUACCUUCCUCCUCUUCCUCUUGACUCUGCGCUCCACGGUAGCCUUCAGCUUCUUGUUCUUCACGCUUAUGCUGGCUUUCCUGAUGCUCGGCAUCGCCUACUUGAACUUCACGACAGAGGGACCAAACAUCCCGUGCCUGCGCGCUGGUGGUGCUUUUGGAAUCAUCGCCGCAUUUGCUGCCUGGUACAAUGCGCUCGCCGGUAUGGCCGAUACCUCGAACUCGUUCUUCCUGCUCCCAGUUGUGCACUUCCCGUGGUCCGAGAAGGGACGCGAGAACCGCAAGAAGGUUGACAACAGCCAGGAGCGCGCUGCUCAACAGGUCUAAGAUUGUGGAUGAUGACAAUGAUACCCAGAGAUGUCCCAUAGAAGGGCAACACAGAACAACAUGCCAUGGCUGUUGGAUGUGACCAUGUAGUAACUGUUUCUAAUAAUGAUUUACGAUCAUCAUUCCCGUCAUGUACCACUCUUUCUGGCUUGCGUACGCACCAGAGUCAGACUUUUCGUGCUCCUCAUGGGACGUGCAAUGAAUGACUGGUCAUCGAGCUGGGUCGAUGCCGCACUAGCCUCGAAUGGUUUGUGCUUCACCAUUUUCAAGAGCUUCCGAAGCGCAACAUC